AUGGGAACGCGCCCUUACGCGGACGUCCGCGACAGACGACGCGAGGAGAACAUCCCAGAACAGCUAAACAAGUCUGACAACUGGGCUGAAACAUCCUUCAGUCGGGAAGUCAUGAAUGUGGUAAAACGAAACAACACGAGUUACAAAAAAGCAGUCCGCGAGAGCGACUCCGACGAGAGCGGGAGCAACAGUGACUUGGAUGAUAUGCUUGAUGAAGCGCUUGAAGCGGAGAGCGAGGGGCCCACGCCGCCAAAACAGAAUAAGCACGGCAACAGCCUGUCCUCAACAAGUUUCGUAUACCAGGAGUCUCGGUUCAAGUCCCCGCUGAAGCCCUCCGCACCCGCGACUCCCGCCACCCCUGCGGCUCGCCCGGACCGCGGCGCCGAGCUCGUUCACAGCGUCAGUUUCUAUCGACGCAUGCAGGGCCAGUCGUCAACACCUUCGACGCCGAUGCGCGUGGUGCGCCACACGUCGCCCGAGCGCGACCCGCCGGCUGAGUCUGCCGCGAGUGUAACCACAGUACGACAGCGCAUCAAGGAGCUUCAAAGUGAAAUCGCCAAACAACAGACUGUUAUAUCACAGGUACCGUGUUCUUUCACUUCUCUU